AGCGGUGGGUGGAGCCGGAUGCCGAUGGCUAUCGGUGGGCACGCUGCCACCUCCUUGGGGGAUGGGGAUGGCAGGAGCCACAGGUGGGCCACUGGGCCCCACGGGCCGGCAGGAGGCCUCCGGCCACGGCCAGGGAAGCCAUGGGGCCGGGCCUGCGGGUCUCAGAUGCCUGGGACGUGCUUUUCAUGCCUGUCACUCUCCCCGAAACCUGCCCGGGCACUGCCACUCCGCAGGGGAGGAAACUGAGGAAUGAGGAUCAGCCCAGGGCCCGAGGCCGGCCGGGCAGAUGGAGCCGCACCCCAGCAGGACAGCCACGCAGCCGCCUCCCUGCUCAGCGGCUCCCGCCCAGGCCCAGCGCGGCACCUCCUCCCAGCACCGACCUGCGGGACCCACAGCACCCAUUGCCCAGGUGCGAGCCGCCCAGCCCUGCUCCUCUCAUGCGGCCGCUGCCCGGAGGGGGCCAGGGGGCCGGAGCCGCGGCUGCCACCAGUGUCACUGGCUCUGCCUGGAGGGGGCUGCACCCGGGACCCCCACACGACCCCGCUCCUCUGGCUGCUCAGAUGCGGCAUCUCAUUCGCUCCCCUGACCCAGGCCACAGGAACUCCCAGCGCUCAGCUACAAAACCACUGCAGACCCCCUGCCCCCGCCCCGGCGUCCACACCUUCCCGCUCGGGCCGAGAAUCCGGAACAAUCGCGAGCCUCCCCUCCUCCACACCCGGGGCCACAGGAAAACCCCAGAAAGCCCAGGGCCCGGCGGGAGGCGGGCGGACCUGCAGCCCCCCCAGAUGGCACCCCCAGACCCCGCACUUCCUGCUGGAUCCCCUGGGCCCCCCACACUUCCUCUCUAG